GUUGGUUUCCACCCGGAAUCUAAAAACGUGCGCACAACCGGAAGUGAUACUUCUCGCGCUAGCAUUGGUUAGCAGCAACGCGGCUUUUUUGCUGCUUGUAUCAUAAUGUCUGCUAAAUUAAACGCGUUAAACAGCGAUUCUUACACCGAAGUUAGUCAGUAUAGAGACCAACAUUUUAAGGGGAAUCGUUAUGAACAGGAGAAGCUGCUGAAGCAGAGCAACACUUUAUAUGUGGGGAAUCUCUCCUUCUACACGACUGAGGAGCAGGUUCAUGAGUUGUUUGCCAAAUGCGGAGAUGUUAAGAGGAUCAUCAUCGGCCUUGAUAAAAUCAAGAAAACGGCCUGUGGCUUCUGCUUUGUAGAAUAUUACACUCGAGGAGAUGCAGAAAACGCCAUGCGCUUUGUUAACGGCACACGACUGGACGAUCGCAUCAUCAGGACAGACUGGGAUGCUGGCUUCAAAGAGGGCCGGCAGUACGGGCGAGGAAAAUCUGGAGGACAGGUGAGAGAUGAGUACAGGCAGGACUAUGAUCCAGCCAGAGGAGGAUACGGGAAGCUGGCUCAGCAACAGCGAAGCACAGAAGCUCGCAAUACUUUUUAGACCAAGAAGUGUGUUUUGACUGGACUCCAAACAGGGAUGAAUUUAUUCCCUGAUUAUCAACAAAAAGCAGACAGAGUCCAAAGAGGUCUUGGACUUGGAGAUGGGCAGAGAAGGAAUAAAGACAGUUUUUGUUUUUCAUCACACUUUUGUUUGUGUAGUAAUUGUGCAUCACCGGGAUGAAACCUUUAAUGACUCUUUUUGUCAUCAGUCAGUAAUGAGAGUAUUUU